GUUCGGUGACCUGUGCAGGCUGCGGCGUGUGUAUGGGGUUUUCAGGCCUGCUGUGGAGGCGCCUUUCCCGGGUCCUUGUCAUGUCCCAGCCCGAGGCUCGGGCCUUCAGCGCCAGGAAGAAUAAGGCACCAAAGGAGCCUCUGCGGCACAUUAAGAACAGGGCGAGGCAGGAGGCGGGGGAGCGCCAUGCCCCGGCCGUGGUCUAUGUGCAGGUGGUGGCGGCGGGGAGCAGAGAUGCCGGGGCCUCCGUCUAUGUCUUUUCCGACCACCGCAGGUGAAGAGUCCGGACUGAGCGGGCGGCCUGGAGGGGUAUCUCUUCAAUUGCGGGGAGGGGGUGCAGAGACUGAUGCACGAGAACAAGGUGAAGCUCUCACGCCUCGAUAACGUGUUCAUCACCAGAAUGAACUGGGCGAAUGUUGGGGGACUGUCAGGUGUACUUCUGACCCUGAGGGACGUGGGCCUCCCUAAUUGUGUGAUCUCUGGGCCCCCACAGCUGAAAAAUUAUCUCCAAGCGAUUAAAACAUACUGCGGUGCCAUGGAUGGCCUGACCGUAGACGUGCGUCCUUACACCGAUCCCCUCUACAACGAUGAGACCAUGUCCGUCACACAAGUGCCCAUCUUCAACAGCGCGAGCCCCCCGAGGUCCCCGUCUCCCAAACCUGAAGCUGAUGAGAGUCACUCAGACGCCAGAAAAGGAAGGACGUCCCCCGAUUUCAGGACGAGACCCUUGAGCAGAUCCCCUCCCUGUGUGAUCUCCUACGUCUGCAAGCUUCACGACAGAAAGGGACACUUCCUGGUGAUGAAAGCAAAAGAAAUAGGGCUUCCCGUAGGGACACGAGAGAUCGGACCGUUCAUAGCAGAACUGAAGGCUGGAAGAAGUGUCACCUAUGAUGGCAAGGAGGUCUCCCCUGCAGACGUCCUGAGCCCUGAUGUCCCCGGACCAGCCUUCAUCGUGGUGGAAUGUCCGAGCGAAGAUUUCAUAACUCCUGUCACUGAGAACGUGGCAUGGAAGAGGUAUCAGGAAGGCAAAGCCGAAACCGCAGCGGCUUUAGUAAUACACAUGACCCCCGAACAUGUUCUUAACCACAGUACCUACCGGCAGUGGAUGGAGAGGUUUGGCCCUAGCACCCAGCACCUUCUCCUGAACGAGCACAGCUCCACCGUACAUAACCUGAGUAGCUACAAGGUCCAGAGUCAGCUGCACCUGAUCCAUCCAGACAUCUUCCCCCAGCUCCCGGAGAUCCGCCCCAAGGAUGAAGCUUCUCAUGUGCCCGGGGUGAGGGCGAAGUGUCUCCUGAAAUACCAGCUGAGGCCCAAGUUGGAGUGGCAGAGAGAUCAAGUCGUGCAGAACCAGACUUCUGAGUUUGUGAAGGAGGCCAUGGAGCUGCCCGGUUUUGGGAGGGCACUGGAGGAAUGUCAGCGGCUCCUGCAGACAGAUGGCACGCCGGCAGAGGAGGGGGUUAAUGUGCAGUAUCCGGAGGUUGUGUUUCUGGGAACCGGCUCUGCCGUCCCCAUGAAGACUCGUAACGUCAGCGGCACCCUGGUACAUGUCAGUUCCUCUGCCGCCAUGCUCUUGGACUGUGGAGAAGGAACCUUUGGCCAGCUGCACCGACACUACGGAGACCGGGUGGACGACGUGCUGAGCCGGCUCUCUGCUGUCUUCAUAUCCCAUAUUCACGCCGACCACCACACUGGCCUCCUCCGCGUGGUGCUGGAACGAGAGCGUGCGCUGGCGUCUCUUGGGAAGCCGUUCAGCCCCGUGCUGGUCAUAGGACCCACCGUAGUCAUGAUCUGGUUAAAUCAGUACAACGACCACUGCCAGGAGGUUCUGCACAACAUCAGAUUCAUACCAUCAAGGAACCUGACCGAAACCUCGGAGGUGGAUUGUCCCAAGACUCGAGGAUUGAUUGAGUCACUUCUAAAGACCUACCAGUUAGAAAAAUUUCAGACCUGCUUUGUCCGUCACUGUAAGAACGCCUUUGGCAGUGCGAUUGUCCAUCAGUCAGGCUGGAAGCUGGUGUUUUCUGGGGACACCAUGCCCUGCGAUGCCCUUAUCAAGAUGGGAAAGGACGCCAGUCUGGUGAUCCACGAGGCCACGCUGGAGGAUGGCCUGGAGCAGGACGCCAUUGAGAAGGCGCACAGCACAACCUCCCAAGCCAUCGGCGUAGGAAUGGACAUGAACGCAGAAUUCAUGAUGCUCAAUCACUUCAGUCAGCGGUACGCCAAGCUCCCCCUCAUGAGCGACAGCUUCAGCAGCAAGGUCGGAAUAUCCUUCGAUCACAUGAGGAUCCGACUGAGCGACUUGAGAACCCUCCCUAAGCUGAUGGGUCCUCUCAAGGCUCUGUUCGCUGAAGAUCUGGAGGAACUGGAGGAGCGGAAGCAGAAGAGAGAACUGCGACAACAGGAGCCGGAGACUGAGUCCAGCGACUCAAAACCUGUCCCCACCGUGAAACGGGGCCUGGAUGACGCCAGCGUGACGGCCGACGUCAAGAGGUUAAAAGCCAACUGAGCGCCACGCAUAAGCGAGUGGUGAAAUAUCUGAGAGGCGUGUCACAGGUCAUGUGAUCCUGGGACCAGGGGAUCUGCCGAGGAGAGGUCAAAGCCCACCUCGCAUGUACCGUGACCUUAGCGCUUUUGACUUUUUUAUUUUUUCCACCUUUGUCAGGGGUGAGACGGAGAGCUCAUGGACACGCCUGAAAUCUUAAGGUUGAUGCCAAUGUGACCAGCUCGGGACACCUGAUUGGUCCCUGAUUCUGAGGGUCCAGAUGUACGAGGCCUUAAAGGAGUUGUGCCGAGAAGUAUUUAUCAUAGGGUUAUAUAUUUCAUUCUUAGAAUUUAUUUUAAUACAGUCUUAACAUCUAAAAA